GACAACGGCAGCUCCGGCAGAGGCAGCUCCGGCAGAGGCAGCUCCGGCAGAGGCAGCGCCGGCGACACAAACGGUGGCUGGACACAGUGGUUGGACUCCCAGCCCAGCCUCCAUCCCUUCUCACUCAUCGAGCGCGCUCUCCGUCCUCCGUGGUGCUCAAUCGGCGGCAGUGGACUACGAGGAGGUCAACGGCGGCGAGGCAAGGUUCGGUGAUGACACAGCUGACGGUGGCGGGAGGCACGAACGUCGGCGGCUUCUUCAGUGGCACCAGGGAGCGACGGCGUUGCACGAAGCUUCUCCAGCGACGACAACGGCGCGGUGGCGGUGCGACAGAGGCUCCUUCCUCCUCUGCCCCUCGCACGACUCUUCCUUCUACCCUGAACGGCGCCGAUGGCGCCCUCCUUUCCCGGCGACAACCCCUCUUCUUCGGCGCUGGUGGCAUCAGCGGGAUGGAUCCGAUGGCAGGACAUGGUAGCGUGGCAGCAAGGCGUGGUGGCGACGCCGUUCCUCCCUCCAGAUCUCCCUCUUCUCAGACCCCUUUCUCUCUGGUUCUAUUCUCCAUGAAAGCAACAGGCGUGGUUUUCCUUUUGCCUCUGCGUGUGGGUGUCUAG